UCUGAAUUCCUCAAUUGGAAUGGCCCAUUCAUGGUGGAAGCAUCCCGAUUGCACAACCCAACCCUGGACAGAGCUGACACCUGCAGCUCCGUGGCAAUAAAAAGGCGAGGGAGCCCUGCGAGGAGCACAGCCACCCGUCCGCCUGCUGCAGAGAUGGUGCCGACGACCUCCCUCCUGCUGCUGCUCGGCCUGGCCCUGCUGGCCCCUGGCCUCUCUGCUGACCAGUGCGUGCUGACUGGACGCUGGAUCAAUGACCUGGGCUCCGACGUGACCAUCGGGGCUGUGAACAGCAAUGGUGAGUUUGCCGGCACCUUCCACACGGCUGUGAUGACCCCGACAAAAGAUAUCAAAGCAUCACCUCUGGUGGGAAUCCAGCACACCAAGACCCAGCCCACUUUUGGCUUCACUGUCAACUGGAAUUUUACAGACUCUACCACCGUCUUCACGGGCCAGUGCUUCGUGGACAUAGAGGGCAAGGAGAUCCUGAAGGGCAUGUGGCUCCUGCAGUCACACGUCAACAGCAUCAAAGAUGACUGGAAAGCCACCAAGGUCGGCACCGACACCUUCACCCGCCGGCCAGAAGUGAUGGAGUGAGGCUGGCCCCGUGGGGGUCCCAAGGCUGGCCACUGGCUUCUAGAGGCCUUGUGGCACCUGAAGGGGGCUACAGGAGAGCUGGGGUGGGACUCUGUGCCGGGGGGUGAUAGGACAACGGGGAAUGGCUUUAAACUAUAAUAAGGGGGAUUUAGAUUAGAUACAUGUAUUCGUAAGAAAUUCUUCACUCAGAGGUGGUGAGGCCCUGUCCCAGGCUGCCCAGAGAAGCUGUGGCUGCCCCAUCCCUGG